AGGUUGGCGUUCUACCGUCGAGCUCUUGACAGCUUGACCCCUUCUGAUGUGUCUUGGACACCUUUCCAUCAGAGGCCUCAUCAGGCAGUGCGUCGCUCUUUGUACACUGGAGUGAUUCGGUUCGCUGAUAUAGGCGAGUUCUAUGAUCCAGCCCGUUGCCUCCGACAGUUUGGAUACCGACAGAUGGUACCGCCUCCCCCUUCGCGUCCUCAGCGAGCAGACCAACCAGAGGCACCUGGUGGAUAUGUCAUUCGGAUUCCUGAGAGUUUUGAUGCUGCAUGGGAUGCUCUGCUAUCCCACAUGGUUCAUAUAGACAUGUACUCUCAGCCCUGGAGGAGGUAUCCAUAUGAGACUAUGGUCGACUAUCUUGACUGGUUCGUGGCGCACUCUCAUUGUAGAGUCCUACAGGAUGAUGGAGAUGCAGAUCGACUAGUUGACUCCGCAGCGGUAAGAUUUGACCACUAG